AUGGCCGAAGCCUUCCUUGCCGAGGUAGACGCAGCUAUUACAAACGGCCGUAUCGCCGAACUAUCUAGCAACAGUGGUGGCAUAAAGCUCGUCUGGUCCAAGACUCUCAAGACUACCGCUGGCCGUGCCAACUGGCGUCGCGAGCAGAUCCGCCUUCGCAGCGGUCCUCUUCCAUCCGAUACGCGCGUCGAAAUUCGGCACUACUGCUCUAUCGAGCUUGCCGAAAAGGUCAUCGACAACGAGGAGAGGCUGUACAACGUGCUUGCGCACGAGUACUGCCACCUCACCACCUUUAUGAUUAGCGAGGUCCGGAAUAAUCCGCACGGUGCGGAGUUCAAGUCAUGGGGCGCGAAAGUCACGGCCGCGUUCAAAACGAGGGGCAUAGAAGUUACCACCAAGCACUCGUACAAGAUCGACUACAAAUACAUUUGGGAGUGCGUUGCCUGCGGCUACGAGUUCAAGCGGCACAGCAAGUCCGUUGACCCUGUCCGUCACUCGUGCGGCCGGUGCAAAGGUUUGCUAGUGCAGACUAAACCUUGUCCUCGCGGUGGCGCUGUCGAUAAGGACGGGAAGAAGCAAAGUGGCGAGUAUCAGGUCUUUGUCAAGGAGAACUUUUCCAGGGUAAAGAAGGAGAUGGAUCGUAGGGGAGAAGAGACGGCCAUGGGGAAGGUUAUGGCAGCAGUUGCGAAGGAUUACAAGAAGAUGAAGGCGGCGAAGGCGAAGGAAGUCGAGAGUCAAGUGGACGACUUGGAGGCUGCGAUCGAGGGACUGAUGAUAUGA